CACUACUGUUGGCCAUACCGAGCGACAUAACCCAGUAAACCGACAAGCACGGCCUUACACUCCGGCGUUGAUGUGCACUUAGCGUAACACAUAACUCAAUGCAGGACACGGACGCCUUCCCCCUGCCUUAUGUCGCGGAGGCGCUGGGACCUUACAUCAGGCCCCGUGAGGAAGUCACUCGUACCCGGCACAGACUACAGCGACACCUAGAGGAGCAAGUUCUCGGUCAGCGUGGCUCAUUUACUGCUGUAGACCUUGUCAAAACUGGGAUCAAAGCUUCCGCUCAAGUGCCACCGUCCAUCACCGGCGUAAGGAGAGCCUAUCUGAGAGCGUUGCGAGCACAUUCCGCAGCUCAGGAACGGUAUGACGCUUUGAAAGCAGAGGUCGCCCAGCUCUCCUCCAGUGCUGCUUCUGGGUCUGCUGCUAGCUCAAAUGAAAAGCCCAUCUCUGGCGAGGCUGUCGUUCAACUGCUGCGACAGAGGGAGAAGCACCGUAAACUUCAGGUCGUCGAUCAUGCCGUUGCUCAAAUUGAUGCUAAUGGAAAGGAGCUCAUUGGCAACCACCCUAACGACAUUAUCAGGAGCAACUCUGGUGAGCUACCUACGCCACCGUCACAUCAACCCCUGCUAUCUGGCGAAGGACCUGCUGUGGAGGCCCGAAUCCUGCAGCUGAAGAAGGCCGUGCUCGCAGCAAAGAGCGACGUCGACGCGCAGAACCAACGUCAAGACAACCGUCCGCAUUCCACCGAGAAUGGAAGUGGUCAAAGCAAUGCUGAAGUUACGGGACUGCAGGCUGCCCUCAACGAGCUGACAGGCUGGAUGGAGCAGCAGCUCGCAAUCAUGGGGAACGCGGAAAGUGAAACACACACCACAUCACCUCCACUCCGUGGGAACGGUCUUGUAGCGUCGUCUGAAUGGGCAAGCCUCGAGGACAUUGGACGCUCGUACGAAGAGUAUAUCGUCGCGAGGCGACAGUUGUUACAGACCGUCUCCUCUACACCCACUGUGCGCGGCCAAGACACAACCGCAGAAAGCAACAGCCCGACCGUUCCAAGAAGUCCCAGCAGAAAACCGGAGCACGAGAAAGCCGCAGAAACAGUACUACCCUACAUCGCCGGCCUGACUUCAGCAAAGCAUGAGGAGCAGUCUCUGUUACAGCAAACCGCCCAGCUCCGCCGGCAGAUCGCCUCUUCGGAAGGGGAGACGCAGCGAUUGAUGGCUCGGUUGGCAGAAGAGAGCCAUCUCGUUCAGCCAGGCGCUGGGAGUGGUAAGGCGUGGGCGGAGGCGGCAGGGGACGCGAGUAGCGCGACCACUACGUUUGUGAGAGGGAGGACUGAGGUCGGCGAGGCGGCAUGUGAAGAUGCCGAGCGAGCUUUGGAGAGUAUUGACCGUGUUCCUGCAAUGUUCGACAGUCUGACGGAAGCCAUGGCGCGAUAGCGUCAGUGUCAAUCGCCACGCUUAUCCGCUAUAGCUUCGUAUUGCUAGAAAUGGCUUUCGACUCUGAAGCGGUCGUGGUUCGCAGUGACUGCUUGAAGAUGUCCUGACUGCUGUGAUGGAACGCGGUUAGCUUUUGAACGGAGGUUUGUGUGCGCACACGCGGCUGAUGCAGUCUCUACGCCGAACACUCCUAGUAUACAUAAUCGAGCAAUAACUAUCAUAGUAGUCACUUAUGACUGCGACCG